UUCAAAUUAAUGUCAGUUUAGUUGUGGUUUGUGGUCGGUUGGAUUUCUCAAUUUUGAAAAAAGCAGGGGAUAAUCUACAGUUUUUUUUAUUAUUGUUUUUAGUGGUUUUUUAUGGAAAAGUGCCACACGAUUAGCAAAAGGCAUAAUGACACUAAAGGAGAAAACUGAAAAUUUGUUCAAUGAGUUAACAGCAGAGAGUAAUAAUUUUAAAAAUGGACUAUUUGAGAAACUUAAUCCCUUGAUGGUGGCAAUUGAAAGAUAUGCCAAAAAAGGUGAAAUCGAUGUAAAAACCUUAAAGAUAACUAAUGAACAAAUGGACAUCUUAAAUGGCAAAAAAUCUGGUAGAAGAAGGAAAAAACUAUUCCCAGUCGAUGAAAAUGCAGCAACAUUCUUAGGAAGUAAAAUUAAGAAAGAGAAAGUUUCUUUAUUAAGUACUCAACCUCUCAAUGAAACAGCCACAUUAAAUCAAGAAGCCGUAAAAGAAAAUACGAAUGUUAAUGGAAUGCCAGCACCUUCAUGGAUCCCACCUAAGAAGAAAGUGAAGGAAAUUAAGACAGAAAGGACUUCCGUCAGGCUUACCAGAACAAAGGGAAAAAAAGCAGCAGAAAGGGACUCAGAUGUCAUUCUGGAAAACCCUAAAAUAACUACAGUUACCUUAACUGAUACAGAUGAGUCAGAGGAAUCAAGCUCUCAAAAAGAGACUAGAAGUACAAGAACCAAAACUAAGCUACAGCAAUCUAAAGAUACUGAAGAAUCUGAUACAGAAAGUAAACGAGGCACCCGUACAAAGACCAUUAAAAAGAAAAAUGAUGCAGCAGAAGAAGUGAUUGAAGAAAAACGGUCGACCAGGACAAAAACUAUUAAAAAGGCAACCACUGCCGAAGAACAGGUUCCGAAUAUUGAAAAUGAGCCAGAAAAGAGGAGCACAAGAACUAAAACAAUUAAAAAGGGGGCAUCCCAGGAGGAAGCUCUUCCUGAGGUGGAAACAACAAGAAGCACCAGGACUAAAACUAUCAAAACGGCACAACCACCUGAUGUUGCUGCACCAGAGCCUGCCAGAAGUACUCGUACCAAGACAAAGAUACAAAUGGAGAAGGAAGCAGAAAAACUACAAGAGCCUGUAAAACCAAAACCUAAAAGAGGACGGUCUGACUCCAGUAGUGGUGAUGAUGAAAUAAAGGAGAGGAAGAAGACUAAAUCAAAAUCCCCUGUUAGAGAGGACACUAAUAAUUCUUCUGCUCACACCGUCUAUGAAGAUGCACAGUGCAAUUUGGCCCCAGUACCAGACUCUGUUAACUCAACUUUUGUCAAAGUACCGAGCAAAGCCAAUUCCACCGUUGUCAUUGACCAACCCAACUUUAACAUAUUCCAAAAACAAGCGGGAGAGGCUUUAUUAACUGACGAUGAUUCUAUUGAAACGAAAACUCCCCCAAAAAAAGAACCCACGCAAUCGGCAAAGAAGGGCCCAGGUAAAGAAGUUUUUAGUCCAUACGAGAAAACGACGCUCAAGAAGAAAGUGGAAGCUUUUGAAAAAUUGCAAAAUAACAGUGAAAUUCCAAUUAGUAAAAAAAUGAGUCAGGGCCUUAAAGGGACGCCGGCUUCUGUCAAACAAAAGGCAAGACUGUUUACACCAUCUGGUAUUAAAUUCCUGCCCUCUAGCUGUAGCACUUCUAAGUUACCUUAUAAAACGACCAAGCAUACCGGGGCCUCGACCUCUCUUUUAGGAACACCCAACGAAACAUUGAAUAUACAGGGUAGCGUAUGUAACGACCGGGAACGGCAAAGGAAAAUUAUGGAGCGAGAGCAAGCGCUGAAGAAGAAAGAGGCACUUUUGCAGGCGCAAUCGGAAGCAAAACGGAAGUUAAAUCAGGAGAAGCAAAUAAAGGCGCAGCAACAGAGGAAACUUUUUGAGGCCGAGAAACAAAAACAGAUGGAGGUUGAGCAGAAACAAAAAGAAGAAAAACAAAAACAACGCGAACGGGAACGUGAAGAGUACCUGCAAAAGCAUAAAUUGGAACAAGAAAAGAAACGGAUGGCGCAGAAAAUGCGACUGCAGGCGCAGCUACAGGAAAACGCGACCAAACCGAUUUAUAUGGUGACGCCGCUACCGGACUUGCCUACUGCGGAUUGCUACGACUCGGAUGAUCCCAAUUAUAAGACAUCAUCGGUACCAAAUUGGUCCACGGAUAGCCAAUGGUGUCGAACACAGCAAUUCACCAUGUUGGCCGCCGGAGAACGUAUCAAAAACACACUUUUCUGUGUACACGCGCAAACCCCCGAUCUUGUCGAGUUAUUUGAGACGAUCGAUCAAAGGAAAUUGAAGCGAAGUUCAAGUCAGAUGUGGAAAAAACCGCCCCGGUACACGAUGAUGCCCGAUUUAAACGAGACAAAAUUCAGCGAGGAUGAGUAUGACAGCGACUAAAAGUCACUUGUAUGAAACUUGGCUAAUGUUUAUAUUGUUUUUUUUUCACGUUUUUUUAGUGUUACAUAUUAAAGUUGCGGUAGGAUUUUUGUAUUUAUAAUUUUAAUUAAAUUAGGCAUUAAUUGUUGUAAUGUCUUUAAACUGAUGUUUAUGUAUAAAUAUUAGGAAUUUUAAAUUUUCACCACUUUUGUGGUAAAACUUCAAAUUACAAAAAAAAAAUGCAUUUUGGUUAUUUAUUAUUUUGGUUUUAUUUUAGUGCUCUUAUUUAAAUAUAACAUUUUUAAUAUAGUAUAUUUAGUU